UAGCACACAAGAACAAAAUGAGGUAUGACAGGCGUGUGACUGUUUCGGACUUGGAAGCUGGAGACAGAGUAUUGGUCAGAAACGUUCGCAUUCGAGGAAAACAUAAGAUUUCAGACAAGUGGGAGUCAAUUGUCCACGUGGUGGUGAGGAGAGCAGGUACCCUGCCCGUAUAUACAGUCAAACCUGAAAAUCAGGAUGGUCCUUUGAGAACACUGCAUAGGGACUUACUCCUUCCAUGUGGUUACCUGACUACAGAGGUCAACAAGACGUCUGACCAGCAGCCCACAAGGCGCAGGCCAGCCACCCGUGCAAAUCCUAUUGUGGAUGAGAAUAAUUUCUCAGACGAUGAAGAUGAAAUCAUUCCUGUUUACUAUUUCAGAGAACCCCCAAAUGCUCAGUGUACCACAGUCCAUGACAGUCUAGUGCAGCCUAAUCCAACCAUGCUUACUGUGCAGGAUAAACGGCAUACUGAACCUCCAGGCAAUUGUCCUGUGAAUGUUCAAAAUGUAGAUUGCACUGCUGAAGUUAACAAGCCACCUGAUAUGUCCAAUGGUGCCUCAGACAGUCCCCUCACACUUAAUGAUCCUAACUGUCACCACUACGACACUGAUGACCUACUUACCGAAAGAGCAAUGUUUGAUGAACAAGCUGAUGAAAUCGUUAUGACCGAAAGUAACUUGCCUGAUAGUAAAAACCCUGUGGAGGAACAAAACUUACUUGAUGAUGACAUCCAAAUUGAGCAGCUUCCAGUGUUCCUUGACAUGUUAAAUAGUGAAAAGGAUAUGAGUCGCAAUGCAAGUAAAGAACCAGAAGAGGAAAUAAUGGAUACAACACUUAGGAGAUCAGAGAGAAACCGUCAGCCAUCAAAGAGACUUGAAUAUACUGAACUUGGAAACCCCUUUGUCACAGUUGUUAAAUCAUUCUUUCAGGGGUUAACUACAGCUGUGGCUGACAUUUUAAGUGAGGGUGAGAACUCGUAUCCUUCUGUUUUGUACCCUGAGAUACAAACAGUUCAACCAUUGCCAUGUACAGGGACGUACAUGAGUUCAAAGGGGGAGAGUGUAGCCAGGUUAAAUAAUGAGAAACCCCAAUUAGCUGUCUAACCCAGUCACGAAAGGGUUAACUUUAAUUUUGGAUUUUUGAUGCAUUUGUCAGUGAGCCAAUGGGUAAAUUCUACGAGGCACUGAGCUGACCAAUCAGCUGCUAGCUAGGCUCCGUUACGGUUACACCUCUAGUUUCGCGUCACUGCACGUUCUUUUGGCGCUUGCAUUCGAGCAUAGGAGGUUGCGUUAUCUGCUUGGUAAGGUGGAUAAAACAAUAUGAAGUAAAUUAAACAAGUUCUGUAAUCAUUAUGGAUUAUACUGAUUAUACUUUAUUGUAAUUUAGAGUGUAAACGAAAGCUGUGCCUGAAUCCACUGUUGUCACGGAGCUAAAGGCAGUGAAUUCCGUUAAAAUGGUCAGGUUUUGGUAAAGAGCUGGAAACAUCGUGCAGUGAUCCUUUCCACGGAGUGAUAUAGAUCCAAACGUUCCAGGCGUUCUCACAGCGAGUCAUAGAUUCCCAGUCCGGGUGGCUGGGUGGCGAGCCAACCGUGUUUGUGACUCUGGCUUUAGACGGAUUGCCAGGAUCACCUUCUUCAUCUUCAUGGUGGUAGGACAAACACUAUCACAAGUAAAAUAAAAGGGCCCCAACGGUGAAACUGAACUCUCAACCAAGGCAGGUCGAACCGAGGAUCAACUUGGCUCAAUGAUACUGAACAGAGAGGGGUUUAUUUACGUGCGCACUUUAUUAUUUUAGUUUGUUAUUUUUCAUGAAUGUGUUUUUUCUUGUAUGUAUGUUCCACCCUGUGAAAUUAAUACAGGUUGCGUAAACUGUCAUUCUGGUGUGGCAUGUUUUAUUGAUAUUCAAUUCUUAGGCUCUUAACAAUUUAGCGUCUUCUGAUUCUGGUCCAAAUUGUAUUUAUUGAAAUCUCUACGACUACUCUAGACUAUUAAACCUAUGUACAUUAUUACUACCUCGUAAAUAGGGU